AUGAAAGAUGGUACAAGAAGUGAAAUUUCAUGCCCUGAGAUGCUCCAAUUCUAUAAUGCACAUAUGGGAGGUGUUGAUCUCACAGAUCAAAUUGUGAGCUUGUAUGACUUCGAGCGGAAGUCUGGAAAAUGGUGGAAGAAGGUCUUUUACAAAGUUCUGAUGAUGGCUGUAGUGAAUGCCCACAUAUGUGAUGAAAAUUUGAAAAUAAUGAACGUAAACAGUCGCUUUCCUGGCAGCACCCAUGAUAGUUUUAUAUGGAGUCAGCCACGAGUCGAGGAAUUUCUGAGAACUUUGUCUGAAGAAUAUAUGGGCAGCUUCUAUUUACAUUUGCCGUUUUUUAGAAUGGUGUCUAACGGAAGCUCACCUUCCCAUCUUGACGAUGCUACCGCAGCUCUGAUACUGUCAGGCGAAGUGAAAAUAUUUGCCCCAACCAAUGCUGUCUUUACCCAUCCAGCUAUGAUAGCUCUUGAAGCAGGCCGUACCUGGGCCCGGCAAGUGAUAAAGGAUAGGUUAACCAGAAGUGUAGCCAAAUUAGACCCUUGUGGAACUCCUGAGAAUAAAUCAGUCUUUUAUGGAUUAAUAUCCUUAGCUGCUUGUGAAACAGAUGACGCGAAAGACUUGAAUAAUUGA